AUGUCAGUCCAACCGACUGAAUAUUUACGCUUCACGUCACAAAAAGCACUCACCCACCGCCUCGUCCUCUCUACCCUCACUGGUCGCCCAGUUCACAUCUCUCAAAUCCGCUCCUCAUCCGCCGUCUCUCCCGGUCUUGCCUCCCACGAAAUCUCCUUCAUCCGUCUCCUCGAAGCUAUCACCAAUGGCUCUUCGCUCCAGAUCUCGUAUACAGGUCUCGGCGCACAUGGAGAUGUCAUCGAGUAUUCGCUCCCAGCAACCAACACGCGCGGAGUGAGCUACUUCCUCUUGCCGCUAUGCAUGCUCGCGCCAUUCAGCAAGGCGCCAAUCAAUGUACGAUUUACCGGCCCGGGUGUGAUCACUAGCUCGACGGAGGCAGGCGAUAUCAGCGUCGACAGCGUGCGCACUGGCGAUUCUCCCGCUAUACGAACAGUGCGUCUGCCGAAGACGUUACAUCUGAACAGGAAUCCUGGGAGGAUAAAGCGCAUUCGUGGUGUGUCGUAUUGUACGGGUGUUUCGGCGAGCAAUAAUGCGAGGAUGAUACACGCGGCGAGGGGAGUGUUAAAUCCACUGGUCAGCGAUGUGCAUAUUGCGGCACAGUACGAUCAGGCGCCGCUAGUGAGCAGCAAUGAUAAGGCGGAUCCAAAGGGAAAGAAGCGAACGGGCAUCGGUUUUGGUCUGAGUCUGGUUGCGGAGUCGAGUUCGGGAGGUGUUUUGUAUAGUGCGGAUGUGGCAGCGCCGCCACAGGGAGGUGUCACGCCUGAGGAUAUUGGGAAGCAGGCUGCAUUGCAGCUGUUGGAAACUAUUGCACAAGGUGGAUGUGUUGCCAAGGCAGGCGCGGCAACGAUACUGACGUUAAUGUCAAUGGGAUCAGAGGAUGUUGGGCGCUUACGGAUUGGGCGGGAUGUUAUAGGGACGGAGGAUAUACUUGGUUUGGGGAGGGAUCUCAGGAAGUUCGGAGCAAGUGCUUGGGGCUUAAGAGAUGUGGAUGAGGAUGAGAGUGGUGAUAUUCUGGUCAGUGUCAAGGGCGUUGGGAUUGGUAACGUGGGCAGGAAAAUAGCUUGA